UGGGGAGUCACCUGGUGCGAGGUGUGAUCAGCGUGCCCUCUGGUGUCGUCACUGCGCUUGUGGAAGCCGGCAAAGAAGACAUGUUGCUGAGCUCGCAGUCCAGGAUUCGUGUGAUGGAAGGAGCAAAGGACAACCUUCCCGACCAGGCUGCACAGGCAGCAGCCCAAGAGAUCCACACCCUGGCUAAUGGGCUGCAAGAUGGAGACCUGCUGGUUGUGCUAAUUUCUGGCGGUGGCUCAGCGUUGCUGCCUGCUCCCAUCGCCCCCGUGACCCUGGACGAGGUCAUGGAUGUGACCCGCAGAAUGGCCCGGGCCGGGGCCAGCAUUGUCCAGCUGAACGCCGUGAGGAAACAACUGGAGGCACUCAAGGGCGGGGGCUUGGCAGAGGCGGCUCAACCAGCACGGGUGAUAUCUCUAAUCCUCUCUGACGUGAUCGGAGAUCCCCUCGACUUCAUAGCUAGCGGACCGACAGUUCCAGACCGAACAACCCCGGAAGAGUGUCUCGAUCUGUUUGCCCAACUCAGCAUUCAGGACUCCAUUCCAGAAUCAGUCAAAACAUUGCUCACCUCGACGAAAUCUGAAACCCAAGACCAGGCUAGGUCAGUGGACUGGUCUCGAGUGCAUAAUGUCCUUGUGGGUACCAAUAAGAUUGCUUGUGAGAAAGCAAAAGAGACAAGCGACGAGCUUGGGUACCAGAGCAUCAUUCUUAGCACAGAGCAGGAAGGUGAAGCUCGAGAAGUCAGUCAGAUGUUUGCCACCCUAGCGAGCUAUAUUUCCCAUUUAUUAGUCGAUGGGUUGUCAUCUGGUAAUAAUAGAGAGGAAGAAAUCCAAAAGCUUGAGAGAUCUCUAUUGGUGUAUCCUAGCCUGAGCGUUGAUAAGUUGAAAGAAAUUCGCCAGCUCGCUGUGAGAGCGAAGGAGAUGCAGCGCGGAGUGUGCAUAAUAUCUGGGGGAGAAACAACCGUGAUGGUCAAAGGAAAUGGGAGAGGAGGACGCAAUCAAGAAAUGGCUGUAUCGGCCGCGUUGGAGCUACAAAGGUUCCUACCAGCCUCGGCACAAACUGAUUUAACCGUACAGAAACAAGACAGCUCUACUUCCAAAACGUGCGACGAAAUCAGUCCGCCCAGUAUUGUUUUUCUUGCCGCCGGAACUGAUGGUCAAGAUGGGCCGACUCCUGUAGCAGGAGCGGUGGUAAGUCCCAGAUUUUGUGAGCAAGCUCAGAGUUCUGGAGUGAACGUCAUCGAGUUUCUUGACAGGAAUGACAGCUACAAUCUGCUGACUCAGGUGGACGAAGGAGCGAACCUGGUGGUCCCCGGUCUCACGGGUACAAAUGUCAUGGACAUUCAAGUCCUUCUAGUCAAACCUGGGGUAUGAUGGUGAAUGCCCGUUACCACUGUUGUUGCUCUCUUGUGAAUUGUUUAAUGCAAAAUAUGUUCAGCGGGGUCAAUUCUUACUACAUCUAGAUCUAAAUGGAUGAGAAUAUGCACUUGAUAAAGAUCGCAAUCUGUUUUUGUUAUGGUUGUCUUGUUCGUUUUCAUCAUGUUUCAGCAUUUGAAAUGAAAAUGUGUAUUUCUCACUUUUCUGUUAAGCAGAUGUUUACUUUUUUUUUUGCUACUUGGAUGAGAAUAAAUUUCACAGAGAUUGCAAUCUGUUGUUGUUAUUGUUUUUGUUUAUUUGUUUAUUGUCAGUUUAUUUCAGUAUUUGUGUUAUUAAUAAUCAGAUGUAAAAAUUAUAUUGUAGGCUUACGUCUGUGUCUAAAUUGUAUACCAGCUAAGCAGAUAUAUAAUAUGUUUAAUUGUACGUACUUCGAACAUUUCUUAUACUUUUUAAUUGUUGUAGGGCGUCAAGAUGUCUUGAGUAUACCAGAAAAUUUGUCCCUCAUUGUGUUGAUUAAUGUGUUUGAAAGAGUGGGUUCUGUGCUUGUCAAGCACCAGAAAUGUUUUGAUCCCAGCUACAUGUACAAAUAUUUCAUUCUGAAUUAUUUUGAGUGUACCACAUGAGGUGUAAAAGUGCCAUGAUAAAGCUAUAAUUAUACACAGCCUUCAAUCUUUGAAAUAAAAUGCUUAUUAGGUUCUCUAAUUUGCAAAACAGAAA